UCGAUCGAACUCGAACCCGCACGCACGCCCUCGCGGGGCGCGACCGACACCGGCCGAUCUGACCGAGUGCAUGCGCCCACGACGUCCGCCACCGCCCGCCCGUCUCCCUUCCCGCGCGCCUUCCCUUAAUUCCCCUUCGAUCCUCGAGACGAGAGUCAAACCAAAUCCACAACCCGAAGCGUGCACCAGGGGUCCAGACCCCUCCUCCCGUCCUCCGCCUCGCCGCCAUGACGCUGCGCGACGGCGCCGUGGACCUGUGGGCGAUGGCCGCGGAGCUGGAGCGGCAGUUCGCCGGCUACAAGCAGCGCCUGGCCUCCUCCGGGAGGAUCAGCAGCCUCGUCGACGACGCCGACGACGCCCACGUCCUCGUCCUCGCCGCCGCCCCCGACGACGACGCUGGCGCCGCCGGUGGUGUCGCGGGCAACGGCCUCUUCGAGGAGGAGGAGGAGGAGGACGCGGCGGUCGGAGGCGUGCGGGGGAGGAUGUACGAGGCGUACACGCGGCGGCGGGACGAGCGGCUGCGGUCCGUGUGGCGCGCGCGCAUGGAGCGCAAGGAGGCCGAGGUCAUGGCGCUCUGGGCGCAGCUCGGACGCGGCGGCGGCGGCCCGGCCACCGCGGACGACGACAACGGCGCGGCCGGAGAGGAAGCCGAGGACGGCGGCGAGAGGAGAAGGAGCUCCGACGUGGCUGCUCCGGGCAUGGUCUCCGGCAAGAAGCACCCGCGUACCAGGAGGAGCUCCUCGUCGGCCAACCUGGUCAAAAGCAGCCGCCCUGACGUCGGGAUACGGCGCGCGGUCUCGCAGGAACCACCCGAGCCAACGGCAGGCACCGACGACGGCGCCGGCAGGAAGCAUGGCCAGCGAGCCCGGCCAGUGACCGGCGCCGCGCCGAAGCGCAAGGCCUUGUCGGGGAGCAAGGGCGCCUCGGUGAAGGAGCACGGCUCACUCAGGAAGGCUGGCCCGAAGCCGAAGCCGAAGCCGCCGCGCAGCUUCCCCCGGCCAUCCAGCUCCGGCGGCAUGGAGGGUGUCAGGGAGGCAGCGCUGCCGCAGAACGCGAACGUAGCUUCUUCCCCAAGACCGUUCUUCGCGCGUGACAACGGCACUGGCACCGAGAACGCGCGAGCCGCCUCGCCGGCAUCAGAUGGCGGCGAGGUAGUGGACAGUGCAGCUCCAGCAGUAGAUGGCGACGAACCUGAAGCGAAGAAUGGAGAGAUCACCAGCGACCCGGAGAGACGCGGUGCCGAGGAGAUCGUGGUGCUGUCGCCUGAGGCGAAGCUUGGUAACGGAGAGAUCACCAGCGACUCGGAGACCGAGCCGAGCUACGUCUUCAUCAAGAAGAAGGCUGUCGUCGAGGAGGAAGCCACGAGCCUCUCUGACGCAUUGGCUGGACCAGGAUCUGAAGAACCACAUAUCCAGGUCAGGAAUGGCACAGACGAGGCGCCGACGGCGGCGAAUGCCGAAGAAGCGCCGGCGAGGGGAAGCGCCGACUCGGUGUCCUCCAUGUCAGGCCGGGUCUCCGCUCCCAGCAGCCCGCCCUCCUGCAGCUCCCGGGCCCAGUCCAUCGAGAGGCUGCUCGGGGAGGACGCCGCGCUGCUGCGGAAGAGGCGAGAGGACCAGAGCCCCAACGGAGGGAGGAGCGUCCCGGCGGUGUCGACGCCGGGCAGCGCGGGGAGAAGGGCCUACGGCGCGGCGCCGACGACGUCCCCGAGAGGGACGGCGAUGGGGUUCAAGAAGAGGUUCCUGAGCUUCGGGAAGAAGAGCAGAGGCAGCAGGGAGGGCGCUACCACGGUCAUCGUCGACUGCAGCUCUCCGACGAUCGACGACAACGGCGCGAGCGAGCGGUGGCGGACCGCCGCCGACUCGAUCAGGCCCAGGGUGCUGGGCUCCUCCUCGGACGCAGCCUCCGACGACACGGAUCAAUAUGCCGCCUCGCCACAGGCCUGCUCUCUGCAGAGCCUCGUGGCUGCUGCUUCUCCUGCAAAGUCUGAGCUGAGUGAGAUAGUUCCACCGGAGAAAUCACCAAAACCUCACCGUUCGUUCUUCUCGCUCCGGUCCUUCAACUGUGGCAGGAGCUAGCUGGAUUAGUUGAAGGGUUUACCGUAUAGCCGCCACUGUAAAUUUUAGGAAAUUGAUGAAGUUGGAAAGAAAUAUAUAGCUGGGGUUGCAGCCUGAAAUCUUCUGAACUUUGUGCUUCAGGAGCUGAUUGGUUUUAAGAGCACAUGUGAAAUAUGUUACUGUUCGUUGAUGCAUCGCAUCAGUCUGUGCAGUGAUAAACACAUUAUUUUAACCUGGUGAAACAAAGUGUC